AUGAGCUUCCCACCACCCAAUUCCGGUCAAUACCCGUAUAUCCCUCACCCGCAGUACCAGUCCGGCCACGUCCCCCCGCCGCAGUUGAUAUACAACAAUGUUGCGACCCCUUCGCCAUCGCCAUAUAAUAAUGGCUAUGGCAAGCCGCCGGCCUACCCACCAGGCAUGAUGCCGUAUCCUUCGGCAUACCAGGAGUUCCUUCAGCAACAUCAGCCACAGCAGCAUAUGCAGCCGCCGCAGUUGCAACAAUCUCCCCUCAUUCAUCAGCAACAGCAACUCCAGCCUCAACCCCAACCACGAAUUCCUCAGCCGCAUCAGCAGCAACAAUCCCCUCGUCCUCGACCACAGCAGCCUUUACUUCCUCAUACUCAACCGCAGUCACCGAUGAUAUCUCAUGCGCAACAUCAGUCCCCUCGUCCAUUGCCGCAACAACAGUCUUAUAUUCAGCCGCAUCAAUCCCCGAUACUUCAACAGCCUCGACAGCUCCAAUCGCCGCGACAGCAACAGCAGCAGCACUCUUAUAUUCAGCCACGUCAAUCACCAAUCCUCCAACAACCCCAAUCACUACAAUCUCCGCGACAGCAGCAGCAGCAGCAGCAGCAGCAGCAGCAGCCUUAUAUUCAACCUCGUCAAUCUCCGAUCAUCCAACAAACCGAACAGCUGCAAUCUCCUCGCCUGAGGCCCCCGCAGUCCCCUGUCCAAAAAGCCCAGCGACAGCAGAGCAUAUCACGCCCGGCUCCUAAUAAACCACCGCCUGUGAAACAAUCUCCCGUGCAGCAACCUCGCGUACAGCAACCGCAGGCACAACAAUCACAGGUGCAGCAACCACAGGUGCAGCAACCACAGGUGCAGCAACCACAGGUGCAGCAACCACAGGUGCAGCAGUCCCAGAUACCGCAAUCUCAUGUACAGCAACCACAGCUGCAGCAGUCCCAGGUACCGCAAUCUCAUGUACAGCUAUCCCAGGUGCAACAAUCCCAGGCGCAGCAAUCCCAGGUGCAGCAGUCUCAUAUUCAGCAGUCUCAUGUUCAGCAACCUCCGUCGCUGCCACCAAGUGAGCCUGCACAUCAGUUUGUCAAUCCAGCCAAUUUGUUCGUCGAGCCACCUCUGCCUCUCGCGCCACGGUCUUGGUACACAUCGUCAUCACAAUAUGUUGAUCCAAGCGCCUUGACGUCCUCCUCUGCGGUUGAUUUACCUUUGGUCCCUCUGCCCACUACUUCUUCACCAUCUCUCCCUCAACCACCCCUGGCUCAAAGUGCUCCGAUAGCUCAGAUUGCUCUGCCAGCGAGUCCUCCGAGCAACCCACAGCCUCUCCAAGGACAGUCGAGCUUUCAAAUUCCACAAACUGUGAAGGCCGAGAAACAUCCACCACCUACUCCAAAACAAACACCUGCUUCAAAGCAAACACUCACUUUGAAGCAAACACCAACCCCAAAGCCACCAUCAACACCAAAGGUGUCAGCCCCAUCCGAACUCCCCCAUCCCAAAUCUACCUCCUUGCCGGUUGUCCAUGCCAUCCCACAAGUACUGGUUCCAGCACCUUCCCCAGACUUCAGAAUCAGUAUGCAAAAGCAGCAGCCCCAAAAACCUCCGCAACCGAAAAAGCAGCCUUCUCAAAAAACCGGUGACAAAGUAAUGAAGUCUAACAAGCCCCCGGUUGACUAUCAAGUCUUGCUACUGUCGCUGGCCGACGAAUAUCUAAAUGCCGCUCACCGCCAGGGGACGCAGACCGCGCUGUUAUCUCACCCAGCGGAUGUGGAGGAGUACUAUAAGCUGGUUUCAACAGGGCUUGGAUGUUUAGAAGCUGUGUUGAAAAAUUGGAGAUUGGCGCCUCGGAAAGAAGCUCUUGUGCGACUUCGCUAUGCGCGCACGUUGUUUGAGGAGACGGAAAAUGAUAUUGAGGCGGAGACAGCUCUGAGCAAGGGUAUUGACCUUUGUGAGCGGAACCGCAUGCUGGACUUGAAAUACAGUAUGCAGCACCUUCUAGCACGCAUGCUCCACAAAACCAACCCCAAAGCUUCCCUCAAAGCUGUCGAUGGCAUGAUCCAAGAUGUCGAGGCGUAUCGCCAUGCGGCCUGGGAGUAUGCAUUCCGGUUCCUUCGAGUCUCGUUGUCGCUGUCUUCUCCAUCUCACCAAGACUCUGUUCAGGCUCUUCAACACCUGAAUAAGAUUUCAACCAUGGCCACUCGUAACGGAGACAAGGCUGUCUCAGCCAUGGCGGCCGUCAUCGAAGCUCUGGCACAUCUGCAACAGGGUGGUAGCUCUGAUUCUAUUGAGCAGGCACAGCGUGCAGUAGCUAUUGCACGAAGCCACCAGUUAAAUGACGAGCUCCGUCAUAUCCCUCAGCUUGUCACUUUGAUUCAGAUGGUCGAUAUCUGUUGCAGCAUUCUUGAAUACGAUGUCAACCAGUCCGCCCAAAAGCUCAAGGUCAUGCAAUCGUUGGUGGAUGAAACACUCAGUAAUUCCAACUGGCGAUCCGAUGGUUCAUUUUCUGUUCCACUGAAUGGCAAGUCUGCCGGGCCAUCUUCUAUUGACACAGGAGAUAUCCUUCAAGUUGAGAGUGGCACUCUGCUCCUGAGCUUCAAUUGGCUUCCUCAACAUGAUCUCUAUGCAUUAUCUUAUUUCCUGAGCUCGAUCACGUUGAGUGCUAAGAAUUCAUAUGAUGGUCGCAAGGCUGAGAAAUAUCUUGACGAGGGGCUUCGAAUGAUUCAAGGAUCAUUUACUGCUCCACAAGAAAUCCCGGAGUCCAUGGCGAACGCUGCACGGCGUGUCGAAUGGCGCCGAUCUCUGUACUGCAGUUUCCUCUUGCAGCGUGUUUUCUUGGCUUGCUCCCGAACCGACUGGGAUAUGGCUAGUACAUCUCUCAAGGAACUACGACAGGUCGUUCAAGAUAUCGGACCCAAUAUCCCCAAGCCUGUCGAGUGCCUGAUGGAAUAUGCCGCUGGCACCAUUGCUCAGGCUACGGGAGAUCUCGCCGGUGCCUUCAACAUCUUUCAAUCGCCUCUAUUGUCACUUUCACCUUCAGCUAGCAAGACGACACGCAAUGACCCUUGCCGUGAUACAUCCAUUCUUGCCGCACUCAACACAGUCCUCCUUAUUCGCGAUCCUGCACACCCGUCACAUUCUCAUCUUCCAACAGUGAUGGCAACCCUCGAAUCUUUCUGUUCUUCCAGUCCGAACAAAUACAUCCAGGCAGCCUAUUUUCUAGUUUGCGCCACUGUCCAAACUGAGUCGACUAUCCAGACCAAGCAAUACCUUCAGCAAGCGCUGCAGUCUGCCACGGCUAUCAGCAACAGUCAGAUCACAUGUAUGACUCUGACUUUCAUGAGCUGGAAGUACUUCCGCGGAGUGGUUGGUGAACAAGCUGAAAAGAGUGCGCGGGCUGGUCGAGCCAUGGCUAAGAGGGCCAAUGAUCGCCUUUGGGCUAGUGUAACGGAUGAGAUGCUAGCGGAUACUCUGGAACGACAGGGUAAAGGCGAUGAAGCUCAAGGUGUCCGUGAGGAAGGUCAGCGACUUAUCAUGGGACUCCCACCUGGCUUGAAGCGACCAGCUUAA